UUGUUGUUGACUGAGUCAUAUAUUAAUUUAUAAUAAAUAUUGUGAAUAUCUAGUUACGAACGUUAAAAUAAACUACAUUUGAUAGUGAAGUGAACGUGAAAGUUUAUCACAAUGGGUGACGCUUGUCAAGCUUGUCUAACAAGAAUUCCCCAUGCAACACUUAUCGCAACUAUUAUGUGCUGUUUGGGCGUGGGAGUGUUCUGUGGAACCAUGUACCGAGGAUCCGCUCUUUCAAUUCUUAUGUUCGAUGAAGUAUUUCAAUUUCGUCUAAUUUGGAUAGAGGCGUUGCAGAUGAUUUUCAUCGUAGGCAGUGCUUGCAUGGCUGCGCUGGGAUUGAUGCUUCUAUGCUUGGGAUGCCUUACAACAGGUGCUACCAGACAAAAGGUUUACCGCGCUUGGAGGGCCCGCGUCGGAGGCAGAAUAUCCUGUGCAGUAUUCAUGAUAAUCACAUACAUUCUGACUUUCAUAUGGAUUGUAUUGCUAGGUUUUCUAGUAAUAACAACAUUCUUGUUCACUAUAUUUUGGAAAUUAUGUUCCAAACCUGAAAAUAUUGCAUUAACAACCUGCAUUGACUUCACUCAGUUUGACUUUAUGUUUCCAUCUUCUGUCAAACAAGAUCACAUGAAGAUAUGUGAAGCAUACAAAAUGAAGUUAUUCUGCAAAGAUUAUGUGGAGAAAGCAGAAUUCAUGUUUAUUCUUGCAAUGGUAUCCUGUGUUCUUGUUAUUUUAAGUUUGGUCCAUUAUCUGAUGUGCUUAUCUGCUAAUUAUGCACACAUUAGGGAUCAUGAGAAAUUCCAGGAAUUGCAAGAGCUGCAGUAUCUCACAAACCCGGACCUGCAUGCCUCAAAGGAUCGUUUCUAGUAUAUGGCCCGCGCACCGCUGUUGCGCUCCCUUGAGGCUUCCACUAAAAUGUGACAGUUUAAAUAAACUGUAAUCGACAACUACUUUGUGUUCACUGAAAAUUAAAAAAGACUGAUCCAGUGGAUUUAGUUUUAAUCCACAAAUACACACCAAUUUUUUUACAUAUCUGAAUUUUAUGAAAAAUUGUUAUUUGUUUAUUAUCCCAUUAGUAAUUAUUGUAUUUAGACUAUUUACUAUUUAUAUGCUUUAUGACAUUCCAGUAACAUAAAUAGUGUAUAAGAAUUAUUUCGACAUAAAUAAGUGCUUUUUCAUCUUUUCUAUCUUUAUAUACAAGCUCAAGGAAUUGUUACAGUUUUGUAUAUUUUUUUAAUAAUGUGUUUAAAAUUUAAUUGAUUAAUGACAAUAUGUCUAUGUUUUAAAACACAUUGUAAUAUCCAAUUAGAAAUAUAAAGAAAUUUAACAUCAAACACACCUAGUUUUUAAAGGGAAGUCGAAAUGUAACUUGGAUACAAUAAAAAACAAUGACCAAUUGACCCCAACUAAUCAAUUGUUAUUCCAAGUAACAAUACUUAACAUUAACAAAUUGACAAACAAAAUAAUUUAGGUUAUGGCCUACAUAGGAUGUUGAGAAACCUAAACUCAAACAAAACUACUCUAAUAUAAACAGACUUAAUAGAAUUUCUAAAAAUAUUGUAAACAUGUUUAGUUUGUCUCAUUAGCUAAUAACCCAUUGAAUGAAAAAAGUUACAACUGUAAAAAGUUCUCAUAACCUUUGAGUAACCAGAAAUAUGUCUUUUCAUUAAUUUUCUUUUUUUGGGUUUUUUUUCACUUUUUUUUUCAUUUUUUUUUGUUUUCAUUAAAUUGGCCUUUAGUCUAAUGCUGGUAAAUUAUUGUACUAUUUCUAAUUGGAUAUUAAAGUUGUCUGAUAAAUCAACAACUUUGAAUGUAAUACAUUUAAAUUCAUACACAAAGUGUAUGAAAAUUAUUAUGUUGUGAUAUGUCUUUCUGAUCACAGUUUUUACGUUUUAAUUGAUUUUUAUUAUCUUAUUGGAAUUUAUUGUCCUUACCAGUAGAGUAAGAU